AUGAAGAAAAUUCACAAAAUUUCUAGUGAAACGGGUAAAAAACAGCUUCCAAUACAAGAAAAACAAAGAAAACAGAAAACUAAAUUCAAAAAAUUCGAGAAGAAGGAGAAGGAGGAAGGAGGACACACAAAAAGCGUCAGCCAAGCGCAGUUGGCGCAUUUGGUGUUGACACGAGGAAAAAGAGGAAAAGAGGAAAAGAACAAGAUUACAUGUAUAUACAUAUAUAUAAUAUAUAUAUAUAUAUAUACAUAUAUAUAUGUAUAUAUGUCUUUCCCUGUUCUCUCCCUCUUUUCUCGCAAGCAACCGCGCUCUACCGCACACCCUUAAGGGAUAGCGAGUAUUCAAUAUUGUGUUGCACACACACACACAACUGUUUUUUUGUUUUUUUUGUGUUCUCUUGGUUUAUGUUUGUUUCUUAUCCUUUUUUUUCUUUUUUUUUUGAAAUUUUCUAGAAAGUGCAGUGAAAAUAUUUUGGAACUCAAUUUUUACUUUUCAGGUAAUACUUGUCGAAUUGCUAUUCACGUUGUGAAAAUGAACCAACAACUUUUCAUGCCCUUUAACUCGAAUGCUGUCAACAAUGUGAGCUUUUUUUUUUCAAAUGAAAAUUAGAAAAUAUAUAAAAUGAAAUUUUUUCAGGAUAGCUCAGCAAUAUCUCCCACAGUUCGCCAUUAUAACCACCAACAAAAUGAUGCCGAAAAUUAUCCAAAUCGCGCGUGGAAGGUAAGUUUAUCAAAUUUCUACGACGAUUCAAAAAAAAAAUCAAUAAUUUUUCAGAACCAAGGCUCUCCAGGAACCCAAAAUCUCGAAACGGUUGAAGCGAUUGAAUCGAUUAGAAAACUCGAAGGACCCGAAUACAAUGCUCUCGGGUUUUCGGGAAAAAAUGCCUUUCCAUCUCUGAGACUUUGCCAAGUCAAUUAUAAUCAAGGAAACAUGUUGAAUCUUGGACAAUUUGCCGAAACAUCCGAUUCUGUUGGUAAAAUGAAGAAGCAAAAUGAAGGAGGUGUCAAGAUGUCAGGUAAGAGAUUUUUCUAGAGAGAGAGUUCUACGAAUUUUUCCAACAAAUUCAUGAACAUAUCCUGAACUUUGUAGAUUUUUCUAGAUUUCCUAGAUGCUUUCCAAAGUUUUUGAAAAUUAAAAUUGUAUAUUUCCAGAGAUUGGAUGCUCGUCAGUCAAAUCAUCAAAUCGAAGCAACAGUUUGUCAAUCGCAUCGUUGAAAUUAGAUCAACUCAACAUGAAAGAUGAUGGAUUCAGUGGAAUUGUGAAUGUUGGAAUUGAUUCUGGAAGAUCUGCUCCAUCUGCAGAACACGAUGUUCCCCAAAAACCUUCGAAUCAUAUUGGAAAUCAGAACAAAGGAGAUCUUGGUGGCUCGUCGGACAAAUUUUACAAUUUUGUACCUAAUCUCGCGAAAAAGAAUCGAUUCGAAUCACCAGCACAACAAAAUCCACCGAUUCUUGAAACAACAACAGGAUUGAUCAGUAGAUCGAUGAAAUUGGAAUCGGUGUCGUCGGCACACUUGGCUGUUAACCAUCAGGCUUCCAAAUUCGCUGAACUCGCUGAACAGCACACGUCACAAUCUGCUCCGAACAAAUCUCGUAAAAUUAUUAAGUAUCCCUGUGAAGUUCGUUGUCUCUCCACAAAAAAGGCAUCGGGAAUUAUGGUUAAUGAAAAGCAAGCGGAACAUGUCUCGGAAGCCCUGGUCAAAAAUGGAACAAGCUCGAAUUCAUCUAGUGUGAAAUUGGUGAGUGGAGAUAAGAAACCGGAAUAGGACUCGUUUCACAUUUUUGAAAUAAAAAUCAAUACAUAUUUUUUUUCAGUGCGAGACGAAGGAAAAAGUUUGGAUCCCGUGCAAUGUUCGACAACUCUCUAAUCAGAAUGCUGGAACAACUACAACAACAACAUUUAGAAGACCAAUUGUCAAAUAUCGAAUUAAUCCACGGGUUCUGACAAAUCGCAACAAGUCGGCUCCUGAAAAUCCAAUAACCGCACCACAAGUCACUCAAGAGGAACAAUUGAUGCCUGGAAAUCGAAUGAAAGUGGUGGUUAGAAAUGGAAAAGAUGUCUGCAAGUCAGGUAAGAGAUUUUUUUCAGAGAGGAUUCUACGAAUUUUUCCCAGCUUCUCACAAAUUUAUGAACAUAUCCUGAAUUUUGUAGAUUUUUCUAGAAAGUUCAGAAAAUAUCCUAGAUUUCCUAGAUGCUUUCCAAAGUUUUUGAAAAUAAAAAUUAUAUAUUUCCAGAGAUUGGAUGCUCGUCAGUCAAAUCAUCAAAUCGGAGCAACAGUUUGUCAAUCGCAUCGUUGAGAUUAGAGCAACUCAACUCGAAAGAUGAUGUAUUUGGUGGAAUUGCGAAUGCUGGAAUCGAUUCUGGAGAAUCACCUUCAUCUACAGAACACGAUGUUUCGAAGAAACCUUUGAAUUAUGUUGGAAAUCAGAACAAAGGAGAUCUUGGUGGCUCGUCGGACAAAUUUUCGAAUUUUGUACCUAAUCUCGCGAAAAAGAAUCGAUUCGAAUCACCAACACAACAAAAUCCGCCGAAUUUUGAAACAACAACUGGAUUGAUCAGUAGAUCGAUGAAAUUGGAGAUAAUGUCAUCGGCACACUUGGCUGUUAAUCAUCAGGCUCCCGAUUCCGCUGAAUUCGCUGAACAAAAGGCAAAAGAUUUGUCAGAUUUUCCUAAGAAAUUGAUCAAAGGCAAUGUUGGCACUGUUGAAUUGAGUGGAACACAAGAAGAUGCAACAACAUUUAAAAGAGCAAUUGUCAAAUAUCGAAUUUAUCCACGAGUUCUGACAAAUCGCAACAAGUCGGCUCCUGAAAAUCCAAUAACCGCACCACAAGUCACUCAAGAGGAACAAUUGAUGCCUGGAAAUCGAAUGAAGGUGGUGGUUAGAAAUGGAAAAGAUGUUUGGAAGUCAGGUAAGAGAUUUUUCUAGAGAGGAUUCUACAAUUUUUCCAAGCUUCUCACAAAUUCAUGAACAUAUCCUGAACUUUGUAGAUUUUUCUAGAUUUCCUAGAUGCUUUCCAAAGUUUUUGAAAAUAAAAAUUUGUUUUUUCCAGAUAUUGGAUGCUCGUCAGUCAAAUCAUCAAAAUUGAGCAACAGUUUGUCAGUUUCGACGAUGAAGUUAGAUCAACUCAACUCGAAAGAUGAUGGAUUCAGUGGAAUUGUGAAUGCUGGAAUUGAUUCUGGAGAAUCACCUUCAUCUACAGAAAUUAUUCAUCACGAUGUUCCCCAAAACCCUUUGAAUCAUAUUGGAAAUCAGAACAAAGGAGAUCUUGGUGGCUCGUCGGACAAAUGUUCGACUUUUGUACCUAAUCUCGCGAAAAAGAAUCGAUUCGAAUCACCAGCACAACAACAUCCGCCGUCGGCACACUUAGAUGUUAACCAUCAGACUCACAAUUUCGCUGAACAAAAGGUAAAAGAUUUGUCAGCUUUGCCGGAAUCCGCUAAGAAAUUGAUCAAAGUUUUUGAAAUAAAAAUCAAUACAUAUUUUUUUCAGUACGAGGCGGAGAAAGUUUGGAUCCCGUGCAUUGUUCGACAACUCUCUAAUCAGAAUACAGGAACAACUACAACAACAACAUUUAGAAGACCAAUUGUCAAAUAUAGAAUCCAUCCACGGGUUCUGACAAAUGGAUACAAGUCAACAGCUGCUGAAAAUCCAAUAACCGCACCACAGUUUACUCAACAAGAAAAACAAAUAAUUGAUGAGGGAAGGAUGAAGGUGACCACUCGGAAAUUGACUUUGCCAGCAGCUGUGACACCAAUUCCACCCAAACCCAAAAUCUGGAUCCCGGUGAGAGUUCGCCAAUUGUCAAAAAAACAAUAG